CAGGCACUGAGUCCAGAGUAGCAAGCCAGCGGCGAGUUUUGGAAGUGACAUGGUGUAAGUCUGAGAUGCCCAUGACUGCCAUGUGCAGUAGGAAGGUCCAGACUUGUCUGCUGGUGGUCGGCUACUUCACCUACCUCUUCUUGGGGGCCAUCGUCUUCCAAGCUCUGGAGAGGGAUGCCGAGCAGCAUGAGAAAACAGCGGUCAUCCAAAUGAAGCAGGCCUUUCUGCAGAACUUCGCCCACCUCUCCGUGGGGGACGUGGAGCAGUUUGUGAAGAACCUGACCGAAGCCAUUCAGAAGGGAGUCUACCCCGUAAGGAACAAAUCACAGGUUGAACAGAGCAACUGGGAUUUCAGCAACUCCUUCUUCUUCGUGGGCGCGGUGGUCUCCACAAUAGGUUACGGCACGCUGUGUCCCAAAACUGCCGGGGGCCAGCUCUUCUGCGUCUUCUUUGCUUUGUUUGGAAUCCCCUUGAAUAUUGUUUUUCUGCACCGUGUGGGCAAGAUACUUUCGCUGCUGUGUAAAAGGCUGGGGAAAUGCCUGUACGAGAAGGGAAUGAAAAAGAAGAAGACCAAAUUUCUGACUCUUCUGUUCUUCCUGGUGACGGGAAUUCUAGUGUUCCUGUGUUUGCCGUCGCUCGUCUUCCAGAUCAUGGAAGGCUGGUCAUACAGUGAAGGAAUAUAUUUUGCAUUCAUCACCCUAAGCACCAUCGGCUUUGGAGACUAUGUAGUAGGUAAGCAGCCUGAAAGGCAAUAUUUUCCCUCCUACCGAUCUUUGGUGGCCAUUUGGAUCAUGUUUGGCCUGGCUUGGAUUGCCCUCCUGUUUAAUUUAUUGACGACGCUCUUAGAAGACACUGAAAAGAAAAUCGCCAAGGAUCUCCAUAAAAUGGGAAAGGCGGGUAAAGAGAAUGAGGAAACCCUAAAAAACUACCAGCCUGCUGGACUCCUGGAGGAAGGACCCUCGUCGCUGGGCUCUGGAGGAGAUGCACGAGACUGGGAAGAGGCGAAGCUAGAGAAAAAUAUGUUUUCCUUGGAGCAAAAUAUUGUAAGGUCAGAUUGAGAUCAGGUUGAAGAGUCGCUGCUCCAGCGUUAUAAGGACUAGACUGAAAGGAGGAAUUCCUAUGGGGAAUAUCAUUUCUCCCACAGAUGGGUAGCUUUCCUCUGCUGUGGCUCUAAUGGACAUGUCUGUAUGGUUUCUCUGGAGCUUGUGAGAGCCCCGUUUUCAAGCCCGUCCUGCCCCCCUGCUCCCACUCUACAGGUGUCCAACCUGGAAGGGGGGCAGGGGCCACCCCCCUGAGGGCACUGCCUUGAGAGCAGCAGCAAGGGAUGCCCUCCAAGCAGCUUCACUGCCUCAUUCCUGGGUUUGGCAGAUGCAGAGCGGGCAUGGGUAGGCAGCAGGGCCUUGAGACUGGGGCUUCUGGGAGUGCUCUGGAAACGGUGCAGACACAGCCAGCGCAGCACAAGCCAGGGGGUAAUGAUGAUGCUCACUCUGCCCUCCCAGCUAAUAAUGCAUAAUAAAGAUAGUUGCCCAGGAGGCUUACACGAAGGCAACCACCACGGGGAACACCACCACCUAGUGGCAUCCCUGCAGAACAGACGCACCAUGUCUUCACGUUUAGCUGGUGUCGGAGAGACGGUGUAGCCAGGAGGGAUGGUCCAGGAAUUAUAUGAGAAGGGAGGAUUUGGGGAGCUGAGACCUUUUACUGGACCAGCUUCACAGUUGGGAUAAAGCUGGGUGAGCUUUUGAAUGCAAGGCAUUCUUCAUCAGUUCUGCCUUGAAUUUAAAAACUUGUCUAACUUUACCCCAACCACGCAGUUGCUCCAAUAAGAGAUAUCACCCCCCCCAAAAUCCUUGCCUCUAACAGGUAUACAUCAUUCUCAGUGUAUGACAAUACACUGCCAUACAGCCAUAAUCGGCUGGCAUGCAAAUACAGCCAUAAUCGGCUGGCAGGCAAAGAAAGAUGCGUGGCAGGACGGCAAGGCGGAAACUCCGAUCAGGACCAAGAGAGAACGUGGGAUAAGCAGAGGUGGCCAUUUGGAUCAUCUUUGGCCUGGCUUUUCCAGCGGAGGUCUGGUUGGAAAACAGCAUGCUCUGCUUUCUCCCAUUUCAAGCCGAGCUGAAGGCCUUUGGAUUAGGUCCUUGCAAUGCUGACUCAGCCACUGGUUCAGUUUCUUGCCAGAGAAAGACACUUUUACAUAGAUCAAAGCAUUUUCCAAUGAAGAAGUCACCCACCCCACUUGUAUAGUGGUCCUAGCUUGACACACUCGUCAUCUGUGGCAUCUCAGCUAUUGCCUUAAUUACAUUUCUACCUCUCUGGCUGCAAAACAACCUUCCACAUGUGCUCCCGAUGUCAGUGCUGCCGCCUCGUCUUCCCAAACCUGAAAACUGACAGCAAAGUCAAUGGUCUGGGCUAGAUUUCACCUGUAGCCCAAUGAUGGCUUCAAUUAUUGAUAUUAAGUCAUUUUAUUUCCAUGGGUUUUAGCAUCUGAAGGAGGGAAGCAGGGAGCAGCUAUGCCUCUGGGAGGGGGAUGAGCAGGGUCUGAAGCCAGAAGUGGGCAGGGAAGAAUAGAGGAGAAAGACAAAGAGGGAAGAGAGAGGAAGUGAGAUGUGAGGAUGGGAAAGAAAGAGAAAUAAAGGGCAGAAAUAGCAGAGGUCCUGCAAAGGGCAGGAUGAGGCGGUCCUGAAAAGUAGUUACAAAAGCCACCCUUUUCUCAUUUGUGUGGCUGCCAUGACUUCUGUAGGGCGGAGGGGGGUGUGAUGGUCUAGUACAGCUCACCCCGUCCCUGAGAGCCGAGUUCAGCCUGCUGCACAGUCUGGUUUGAGCUGCGUAGCAAAAUCCGGCAGGUCUGGCUACAUCAGCCAGGAGCAUGAAGAUUCACUCCCCGGCCCAUGGAGAAAGGUCAACACAAAUCCCAGUGCAGACACACUCGUAUAGGUCUGUUGGUACAAAAAUGUGAUUCUCUACCAGGGAGUAGUGGCACCCUGGGGUGCCUUGAGAUUUUUUCAAGAGUGCCGUGGCACGCCACGCAGUGUUAGCUCUGAGAUUCACAGGAUAAAUCCAGGGAUUUCAAACAGGAAUCCCUGGUGUUAAAACCAGUCUGCCCUGUUGUAGCCUUUCUGAGGUCUUUGCAAAAGAAGCAUUGCUCUAAUAUUUUUCUGUAGUCCAAAAAACAAGCAAAACUUAAGAGCUGGCAUUUUCCAAGGGGUGCCUUGAGUGUAAUGAGGGGGGCUUGAGCUUCAACAAGUAGAGAACCACAAACAUAGCUUAUUCCAUUUAGGGAGUGGGCAUAAGACAACUGGAGUUCCUCUGCAGUAUGAUCUGAGCUCUGGGCACCUGACCCUGUGGCAGGUCCAGCUUUUCCUGAUUUAAAACAGCUCUGAGCACAUGAGGCAGCACCUCAGAGCAAUUCAGCUGUGCGCCAAGAAGGGCAGCUUUACCCCUGGCUAAAUCUGUCGUGCUUCCAAAAAUGCAGAUUCCUCAUG